GAAGUGGUAGCAGUUCCUCCUAACUCCUGCCAGAAACAGCUCUCUUCAGCAUGAGAGCUGCACCCCUCCUCGUGGCCAGGGCAGCAAGCCUUAGCCUUGGCUUCUUGUUUCUGCUUUUUUUCUGGCUAGACCGAAGUGUACUAGCCAAGGAGUUGAAGUUUGUGACUUUGGUGUUUCGGCACGGAGACCGAAGUCCCAUUGACACCUUUCCCACUGACCCCAUAAAGGAAUCCUCAUGGCCACAAGGAUUUGGCCAACUCACCCAGCUGGGCAUGGAGCAGCAUUAUGAACUUGGAGAGUACAUAAGAAAGAGAUAUAGAAAAUUCUUGAAUGAGUCCUAUAAACAUGAACAGGUUUAUAUUCGAAGCACAGACAUUGACCGGACUUUGAUGAGUGCUAUGACAAACCUGGCAGCCCUGUUUCCCCCAGAGGGUGUCAGCAUCUGGAAUCCUACCCUACUCUGGCAGCCCAUCCCGGUGCACACAGUUCCUCUUUCUGAAGAUCAGUUGCUAUACCUGCCUUUCAGGAACUGCCCUCGUUUUCAAGAACUUGAGAGUGAGACUUUGAAAUCAGAGGAAUUCCAGAAGAGGCUGCACCCUUAUAAGGAUUUUAUAGCUACCUUGGGAAAACUUUCAGGAUUGCAUGGCCAGGACCUUUUUGGAAUUUGGAGUAAAGUCUACGACCCUUUAUAUUGUGAGAGUGUUCACAAUUUCACUUUACCCUCCUGGGCCACUGAGGACACCAUGACUAAGUUGAGAGAAUUGUCAGAAUUGUCCCUCCUGUCCCUCUAUGGAAUUCACAAGCAGAAAGAGAAAUCUAGGCUCCAAGGGGGUGUCCUGGUCAAUGAAAUCCUCAAUCACAUGAAGAAAGCAACUCAGAUGCCAAGCUACAAAAAACUUAUCAUGUAUUCUGCGCAUGACACUACUGUGAGUGGUCUACAGAUGGCGCUAGACGUUUACAACGGCCUCCUUCCUCCCUAUGCUUCUUGCCACUUGAUGGAAUUGUACUUUGAGAAGGGGGAGUACUUUGUGGAGAUGUACUAUCGGAAUGAGACGCAGCACGAGCCGUAUCCCCUCAUGCUACCUGGCUGCAGCCCCAGCUGUCCUCUGGAGAGGUUUGCUGAGCUGGUUGGCCCUGUGAUCCCUCAAGACUGGUCCACGGAGUGUAUGACCACAAACAGCCAUCAAGUUCUAAAGGUCAUCUUUGCUGUUGCCUUUUGCCUGAUAUCUGCUGUCCUAAUGGUACUGCUGUUUAUCCACAUUCGCCGUGGACUCUGCUGGCAGAGAGAAUCCUAUGGGAACAUCUGAACAGACAGCUGGAUAAGCCAGGCCAACCUCCUGUGACACAGCAUCUCUCAGUGGUGCUACAACUAAAGGACAGGCUUUUGCCAUGUGGGCAUUGCCGUCCUCACACCCUGCCUUUUGAAUCUGCCCAGAGCAGGGUCUGAACUCACAGUGACCCACAGACUGCUGCUGGAUGAACACUCAGGCUACCUAGGUCUUCUCAUAAUGGAGUGGUAGUGCAGGCUGCUUGUUCAGCUAGAAAGAGGCUGUUAUGCAUAGGAUGGUUGUAUUAUCUGCCACAGUUGUCCAGAGAGAAAUAAGAAGCCAAACUCCAAUCAGCCUUUUACCUGCAAAGAGUGAAGGGUGAGAAGGUGGACAAAGACAUAGAUUAGAAAAAUACUGGAUAUUGGGGGAAGUUAGACUAGAAGUACUAUUAUACAGGGUGAUUCUUACGAAAGAAGACCCAAUCAGAAAUUAUAAAUAAACUUUUUAUUUAGCUAUAAAGUAGGUUUAAUACACAUACACACACACAUGCACACGCAAGCACACACACACACAACUGAAAAGAAAUUUCUGCCCAGUGUUUGAUAGUGGAAAGAUUUCUGUUUGUGUGUCUGUAUAUUAACACACAUACAUACACAUAUCCAUAUUUAAAAUGCCUACAGAAGAGGUAUUUAAUUCUCAGAAACUGUAAUAUCACCCACUUUAUGUAUGACUCAGGUCAUCUGCUCACAAUUUCUAUAGUGGGGAUUAACUGGAAAAUACACAUAGCCACUAUCAGAUACCUCUACUAUCAGAUCUGGAUAUUUUUUAAGUUUCCAUUUUUAUUGCGUUUAAAAUUGUAAGAUCUUACUUUCAUAAGGGCUAGUCAUAGCUCAACUGAGGGUUGACAGCCCACUGUCUCAGCCCUGCACUGGCUUUGGGCUCAUGACUUAGAACAAGUUUUGUUACAUCUUUUUUUUUUUUCCAGACACAUGGUCUCACUCUGUCACCCAGGCUUGAGUAUAGUGGCAUGAUCAUAGCUCACUGCAACCUCUAACUCCUGGACUCAAGCAAUCCUCACACCUCAGUCUCCCAAGUAGCUAGGACCACAGGUGCACACCAUCACACCCAGCUAGUUUUUUUGUUUUUUGUAGAAACAGGCUCUCACUAUGUUGCUCAGGAUGGUCUUGAACUCCUAGCUUCAAGCAAUCCUCCUACCUUGGCCUUCCGAAACACUGAGAUUACAGGCAUGAGCCAUCACACCUGGCCUAGUUCUUUUAUAUCUUUUACCUUGGUCUCCUAACCUAAAAAUGAAGAAUCUGAAUUAGAUGAACAUAGAAGUCACAGCUAGCUCUCAUAUACUGUGAAUCAUUUUUCAUUUUAUGCUCUAGAUGAGUCAUUGACCAAGCAAGCAAUGUCAAGGACGGUAGUAUUGUUGCAAGCUGAAAAUUUAUGCUAAACAAUUUUAAUCUGCCCUGAACCCCCAGCCAUCCAGUUGGUGGGACAUUCAAUCUCACUCCUCAGUAGGGUUCUCUACCUCCUCAGGUCCCAGAGAAUAGCUGGUGGGAGGAGUCAGAGAAGAGUCCUCUAGACCUCUGUCCAUGCUGGUCUCUGUUAAGUUCACCAUCCCUGCCCACAUGGUCUUCCGACGGUAAGCAGGGGAUAUCUGUGCCAUUGCUCCCAGGACUAUAUUCUUGGAGUCCACCAGCCUGAGACUGUGCAAUCCUGGGGUGAUACUUUUGCCCAGCACAGAAUCGCCCCCACCGCCUCCCAGAACCCAACUCCAUCUGUUAGUCUCAGGAAUCUUCCUCUCCCUUUGGGUCCCACAGCUUCUACCUGUUAAGUUUCAUGCACUUACUUUCUACAUAACUCUCACUGAGCCAAGGUUAUUGCAAACAAAAGGCUAAGAAGGAGUUGUCUUCUCUUGCUUGGCAAUGUCUGCUUCCUGAUGCAAUACAAAAACCACCUAGAUAAAAACAAAAACAAAAAACACAAGAUGUGGCUACCUUUUUAGCUUGGGAAAGGGAAAAAUAUCUACAGCAGAAAGAAUAAAGGACAAAUUACUGCCUUGAUAAAGUAGCCAGCCAUAUCAGUACAUAAGCACAAUAUCUUAUGCUAAUUCAACAAACAUGGAUGAGAAAACUAUUAUCUGCUAAUCAUUGACCUAGAUGCUAAAUUGUCCAUCCCAAUUGUGAUUAUUAAUUGCUUGACUCCAACACUGACCUUAUACAGGGUUGCUAGAAUGUAAAAGUAAGAGCUUUCACAACACUUUUUCCAUAUCAUCUUUUUUUUUUUUUUUUUUUUUUUGAGAGAAAGAGUUGUACUCUGUCGCCCAGGCUGGAGUGCAGUGGCGUGAUCUCGGCUCACUGCAACCUCUGCCUCCUGGGUUCAAGCAAUUCUCCUGCCUCAGCCUCCUGAAUAGCUGGGAUCACAGGCCUGCGUCACCACGCCUGGCAAAUUUUUGUAUUUUUAGUAGAGAUGAAGCUUCACCAUGUUGGCCAGGCUGGUCUCGAACUCCUGGCCUCAGGUGAUCUGCCCACCUCAGCCUCCCAAAGUGUUGGGAUUACAGGCAUAAGCCACCACACCUGGCCCAUAUUAUCUUUUAAUCCUGCUGUCAGAGACGUGUGAACCAGAGCGACUCCAUUUUGAGUGAGGGCUAGCAAAAUGAGGCUGGGACUUGCUGGGCUGCAUUUCUAGAAAGUUAGGUAUUCCUAGCCUCUAGGUGUUUAUGGUUAAGGGAACAAAUUAAUAAUGUUUACUAAACAGACCCAGACUUGGGAGUGUCCAGAUAUCCCUAUAUCUGGAAAACAAAGGCAUUUCUAAUUUUGCUUUAAAGAUAAUAAUAUUAAUUCUUGCAAAAUAUAGUAAUUAAGAAAUCAAUCCUUUAUCACAAACCCUUGUAGCAGAGCACAUCUCCCUAUAUAUACAAGCGUUGUACCUGCUUUAUCGCUAUAGAGCAUUUAGCACUAUAGAGGGUAGAUGCAUUCCUCCUCUUACUUUUGGGAAUGUCCUACUCUGUCUAUGGAGUAGCUGUACUUUCACUACUUUACUUUCUUUAUAAACUUGCUUUUACUUUGCACUGCAGACUUGCCCUGAAUUCUUUCUUGUGCAAGAUACAAGAACCCUCUCCUGGGUCUGGAUUGGGACCCCUUUCCUGUACAUAUUUCUGGCGACUGCAGAAGGGACUGUAGUGCAGAAACCCCUGGUAAGUGGUGGGGUCCUGUAACACUGCCAGUGACUAAAAGGACCUCUAUUUUCUGUUGGUUCUGAGGGAUUUUUUAACAUCCUCAUUUCUCUUCCUUCUGUCAUUGCUUUUGAUUAUUGUAAAGAAAACUCUCACUCCCAACUUCGUUUGUUUUUUUCUACUUUCCACAGAGCUCCUUUGUUGAUAAACACUGUAAUUGUUUUUCAUCCUUCAUAGCAGAAUAAAAAAUCACAACUGACAAAUGCCCUAUAGUGAUAAAGCAGAGAGCACGAAUGUACUGUAAUCUUUCUCAGGAAAUAAGCUAAUCGAAUCACUUCAACAAGAGAGAAUGUAAAUUCUUUCUGAUGAUAAAAGUGACUUUUUCAGUUGGGUCAGGGAUAAUCAGUCCAGUUGCCCUGAUGAUAAAUGCAGCUUGAAAGACAAUCACCAGAGCUGAGGUCACCUCUUCUUCGAAAUGUAUUUCUCAUUUGAACCACUACAGAUGCUUUGAACAGGAUGAGAAUAAGGCAGUAAUUAUCACAUCAAUGGAGGAACAUUCCCUAGCAUAAAAAAAGUCAGCAACGUAUACACAGGAAAGUACUAAGGAAGAGUUGUAGGUGGGCUAUCCCCAGCUAGAAUGGCAUUGCAUUAAGAAAAUAUGAUCAUAAAAAGAAUAAUUUGUUCCUUUAGAAGAGUACGAGCGUUAGAGGCAAACAUUUUACUGGAAGUCAUUCAACCAACAAAUCUUUUUUUAUUUUAGAACUGGUAUUUCUUCUCCCUGAAUUCAGUCAUGUUUCCUACUCUCCCAACUUCCUUUCUAUCUUGUUCUAAUAUGUUAGCAUUGAUUCUUUCUCCAUUGCCAGGGAGGUUUCUUGGUAAAUGAAUGCCAGAGUGUUAUCAUUUUCUUUCUUUGACUAGGAAAGGGAAUUCCCUGACCCCUUGUGCUUCCCGGGUGAGGCGAUGCCUCGCCCUCCUUCGGCUCAUGCACAGUGUGCUGCACCCACUGUCCUGCACUCAUUGUCCAGCACUCCCCUGUGAGAUGAACCGGGUACCUCAGUUGGAAAUGCAGAAAUCACCCGUCUUCUGCAUGGCUCACACUGGGAGCCGUAGACUGGAGCUGUUCCUAUUCGGCCAUCUUGGCUCCACCCCUCAUUUUUUUUUUUUUAAACUCUCUUUUCAGAAAUCUCAUUUGAGCAAUAAUGGAUGUGUGCAACAUUUUGGUGUUUUAGACCAGGGCUGUCUAAUAGAAGUAGAAUGAGGGCCACAAAUAAAAGCCACAAAUGUAAUUUUAAAUUUUCUAAUAGCCACAUUUUUAAAAGGUAAAACUGCAAAGAUUAAAUUAAUUAUAAUAAUAAAAUUGGAUUAACCCAAUGCAUCUAAAGUAUCACUUCAAUGUGUAAUUAAAAAUUGUUAAUGAGAUAUUUUAUGUUUUUUUCAUAUUAAAUAUUUAAAAUCUCAUGUGCAUUUUACCCUUGCAGCACAUCUCAGUGCAGACUAGCCACAUUUCAAGUCUCAAUAACCACGUAUGGCUAGUGGCUACCAUAUUGGACAGUUCUGCUUUUGAUCAUUAGAUGACAAUCUUUUUGAAGCAAAGAGAAUGUGUUCUCUGUUAUAAUUCAUAAAAUCCACUUUCAGAUUAUUGUGAAGAAAUAAAAAUCAUUUUUAUUAUGUGUCUACAUCUUACCAUUUUUGUGUACGGUUGAAUUGAAAGAUUUUUCUGAAAUGCUUUUAUUUCUAAACUUAUC